UUCAAAUAUUACAUAUUCCCAUGUUUUCAGAAUUUCAUCCCUCAUCUCCACCUUCAUCCCCUCCAUCAUCAUCAAAUCAAAGGCUGAAUGGCUCUAGCCUCCUCUUGUUACCUCCACCACCUGAUCCUCCUCCACAACCGCCAGCACAAAAACGCAAAAUUGGAAGGAGAUUAACAAAUAGCGAAAAUACACCAACAUCAGCUGUUAAUAAUUCAUGCCUCCUUCCUCGACAGAAUCCAAAACACUAUUCUCCUCCAGCUACAAUUGGUUUACAAAGAAAUCAUGAGGGCGACUUUUCCAUUGACGAAAGUUUUUAUGCCGCUAAUGGGCAAGCAAGAUACAUUUAUUAA